UCCGGUAAGCACCAGGAACAACAUCGAGCGUCUCCUUUCAGAGAGUUAGCUGCUCGCUCAAACUUCCGGGUGUGUUUGACUUGUUGGCCUCUUUCUUCAGCUGCACAACUUUUUACAAAACAAACACACUUUAAGUUUGUUUCCAGCGUGUUGCAUUGAACACGAACAGCUGAGUGAAGAGCGGAGAACAGCUGACGGUGUGAAGAAGAAGAAGAGGAGUUUGUUUCCAACGCUGCGAAGGAGGACGUAGAAGAAGAAGAAGAAGAAGAAGAAGAAGAAGUGGGAGGAGCAACAUGAUGGAGGAGGUGGAGCAGAGUGGAGAGGUCAGCCUGGAGUCUGCCGCCACAGAAGAAGAGACGACUCCUCCCACGGAAGUAAACAGUAACUGCAAUCACACCGACAACGGUGUCACUUCCUGUCCAGCUGAUGUCACGUCGGAGGUCAAGCCAGAGAUCACGCCGGAGGUCACCAUGGAAACAGAGCAGAGCAAAGACCUUCCAGAGACGCCGCAGAAACCAGGCGGUGGACCUGUGGUCGUCCAGGGCAACAACAAGAAUGCAGCCAGUGAGAAGCUGCAGAGAGUCCGCAAGUGGAGCAUCACGACGUACAAGUGCACCAGGCAGGCUCUGGCGGAGAAGCUCGGCCGUGGAUCGCGUACGGUGGAUCUGGAUCUGGAGCCUCGCCUCGAGCUGCUCAAAGACGACCGACAGCGCUACGAAAAUGUGACCAAGCUCGCUCAGACACUGGCUGGUCAGCUCACUCAGCUCACGGUCACUCAGAAGACCCUGGCGGACGCCUUCGGCGAGCUCAGCGUCAAGUCACCGGAACUGCAUGUGGAGUUUGGCAUGAACGGAGAGGCCCAGAAGUUUCUGUCCAAGAGCGGCGAGACUCUGUCGGAGGCCAUUAACGCCUUCACAUCCGACAUGAACACCCUGGUCAACAAAACCAUCGAGGACACCAUGAUCAACGCCAAGAAGUACGAGGCUGCCAGGAUCGAGUAUGACGCGUACCGGGUCGACCUGGAGGAGCUGAACCUCGGACCACGGGACGCCGUCACCGUGCCCAAACUGGAGAAGGCCCAGAAAGACUUUCAAGGCCAGAGGGAGAUGUACCAGAAGAUCAGAGAUGACCUGUCGGUCAAAGUCAAGCUGCUGGAGGAGAACAGGGUCAAAGUCCUCCAUAAUCAGUUGUGGCUGCUCCACGGUGCCUUUGCGGCUCACAGUUUGUCGUGUCACAGCUUCCUGGAGCAAAACAUCCAGCAGGCCAGCAAACACCUCAACAACCCCACUGCGGAUGCCCCCUCCUGGCUGGAGGAAAGUUGAUGACAAUAACCACCAAAAUUGUCCAUGUGGCCGGUGGACAGAUGAGUGUUUGGGAGAUGUUUUGGGGAUUUCCGGAUGCUGUUGUGGGAAAUGUUUGGAUGGAUGUGAAAAAUUGGGAUAGUUAAAAUAGGUGUGUAGCUAGUUAAUUCAUAGCUUGGGGGUUUGACUCCAGCAUCUGGACACCUUUGGGAAAAAUGAAUGAAUGCGACAGAAACAGGGAAUUAGAUUGAUUUUGGAUUCAUUUUUGGAUAUUUAACGGGGUCCUCCUGCAGGUCUGGAAAUGCUUAGAAAAAGUAGAAUUUUAUCAUGUUCGGUAUUUUGAACAUAGGACAAAGGCAUCUGAACAAUCAAUUCUCUUUUUCUGCUUUACAUACAUACAUUCACAGACAGUACUUGUGACUUCUGACCUGUUUAACGGGAACACACACAUAUGUACCCCUCCUGUGUUGGGGAGUAAAUCCAAUCUAAUCCUCUGUGAGGCACUAAGCCUUUCUUUGAACUUUAAAAAUCCUCAGCCACUGCAGUCGGGAACUCGCAGUGACAAAAAGUGCCUCAACAACACUGCAGGAAAACAGUUUUACUGCCUACAGAGAUGUUGCCAUUGUACGAUCACCAACUCUAGGGUUAGGGUUGGCUUCCUAAAGACAACUGUGUUUUAGAUCCAGGUCCAGGAUAAGAAAAUAUCCUCUUGUACCCAUUCAAGUAGCAGCUUCUUAUCACUGGACAUCACUUUUUGCCAGUUAAAAUAAGAAAUGUCGUUUGCAGAUGAUCUUUAGCUGCAGCUAACUGACUUUAAUACCAGAACCUACAUGCCAAAAAGCUAAAAUGAGACUUGGCUUAUCUCUGGUUAAUGUGCUCUCCACAAGUUGCUGUUUGGCCAAAGAUUAUUUGUGAGGUUAAAGAAACACGUCUUUCACCACUCGUCAAUAACAAGGGUGCUUUUUAGUUAAACUAGACCAAGAGUCCAGAGUUGAUCUCGUCACCUGUAUUUGGAUAUUUGGAGUUGAAGUACCCUGUGAGAAAUCAGGUGAAAGUGACAGGUGAUGGAUGGCCACCUAUAAAUUUAACUUAAGUGACAGAUUCAGUCAGCAGUACUGGUGUGGUUGGCUGCUGGUCAAUUCCUGGUUUACAAGACAAAGAGCUCAGCUACUUGUAGUGACCAAUAAUUUGCACAAACCAAAUAAUGUUGCUGUACGUCGACGAUAAUGCCUUGUUUGUUGAUAAAGAAAGGUUGGUUGUAGCCCAAUCUUUCAGGUGACGUUUCAUCAGUAGCCAAAGUUUCAGUGUUUAUUCACAGUCUCUAACACUAUAUCAACACUGCUGCUUGGAAACACUUCACAAUGCUGUAGCAGAAAGAUUAAGGGAUGCCUUUCCGUUAGAUUCUCUUGAGUCUCUGAACCAUCAUUCCAGUUUAAAACCAAUAUAUCCUUUUGACACAUUAUGUAAUUUUGCCAAAAAAAUAUUAAACGUAUGCUUUUAAAUCGUGUUAGUCCUGAAAUGCCGUAAAAAGCCUGGGAGCUUAUAUACCGUACAGAUGAAAAUACUGAAUAAAUGUGUGUUGUUGUUUUUUGUUUUUUACUUUUCUGAUUGAGACCAAAAUUUUAAAGGCUCCUCUGUUUUGUCUUGUUAACCAUUUUGUGGACAAAAUAACAGAAACACCUUGACGAUUUGAUGCAAUCUAACGUAUCUAUUGAAUGUCAGUGUUAUUUUGUCCGCCUCCUGAAUGUCCUCUUUGCACUCUUUGCACUCCAAAGCGUAAUCUGCCUUAAAUAUUUCUUAUAUGUGAAUUUACUCCUCUCUGACUGUUUUGUUAAAAUGUAUAAAUGUGUGUUUUUGUGUUUGUGUCACUGUACCUCAGGCCUGACGACAACAACAACAAAGAUAAAAAUGACUGUUGAUGCUUUUUGUGCAAUGUUUUGCCUCAAAUUCUCACCAUCAACGUCUCACCUGAAUCAAAUUCCAUUUGAGCUUUGUUGAAUCAGGAAGAAACACGAGUUUAUAAGAGGCAAAAUUAUUUCAUUUUAACAUUUUUAAGAUUGAUUGAAAUGAAUAAUAAUUAUUAAAUUCUCCAAUUUUUUUGGGACUCAUUUCAGACUUUUACAGGGUUUUACGAAACAGCAGAGCGACCUCUGUUGAGGACGUUUUUUCCCAGUAGCAUCAGUGUUUGUUGAUGUUGAGAUGAGGAACAACCAGCUGAUCUCAUGUUCAUAACAAACUUUAUGGAUGUAGGGACUGUAGACUGUAAAAAAUUCUACCGGGCCAAACAAAAAGGGUUAAAGGGGAAUUUGCCUGUUUAUUUUUAAUUGUACUUGUUAAACGAGGACCAAAUGUACAUAAAUAAAUGUAAAAUCUUGUUGCCAAAUAAAUCUCAUUUUCUUUGUAAAAAAAAAAAA